AUGUGGCUGCGGUUGCUGGUGGCGGCGCUGACCUGGCUGGGUCACGCCGGCCGGGCUCAGGCCGAUCACCAGCGCGGCCACGAGCUCCGGCUGGCCUACCACAACGAGUGGGCGGUGAAGGUGACCGGCGGUGCCGAGGACGCCCUGCUGGUGGCUCGUCAGCUGGGCCUCCGCUGCGCCGGACACGUGAAGGGACUGGAGCACGUGCACCUGCUGGUGAAGUCUGAGCACCCCGCGGCCAGUCGGCUGGCCGCGGAACACAUCACCAGGCGGCUGGCCGACCAUCCGAAGGUGGUGUGGGUGGAGCAGCAAUUUAGCAAACACCGUUCCAAACGAGACAUUUUGAAGCCCUUCAACGAUCCGAGCUGGGAUCAGCAGUGGUACAUGGCGCGCGCCCAGGUCCGCCUGCGCCGGGGGCCUCAGUCGGCCGGCAACAUGCACGUGCUGCAGGCCAUGCGGCAGGGCGUCACCGGCCGCGGAGUGAAAAUCGUCAUUGUGGAUGACGGCCUGGAGCACAACAACACCGACCUGGCACACGCCUAUGACUCCGACCUCGGCUGGGACGUGGUUGACGGCGACGUCGACCCGGCGCCGCGCUACGACCGCCGCAACACCAACGAGCACGGCACCAAGUGCGCCGGCAUCGUCUCCAUGCGGCCCAACAACGGCUUCUGCGGCGUCGGCAUCGCUCCGGGCGCGCGGCUCGGCGCCGUCCGGCUGCUGGACGGCAUUAUCACGGACCGUACGGAGGCCGAGGCGUUCAGCGUCUUCAGCCGGCGCGCCGACAUUAUGUCCGUGUCGUGGGGGCCGACCGACGACGGCCACGUCGCUGACAUGCCCGGCCGGCUGCUGCAGGAGGCCAUCGAGACCGGCAUCGAGCACGGUCGCGACGGCAAGGGCGUCAUCUUCGUCUGGGCCAACGGCAACGGCGGCGCCCAGGGCGACAGCUGCGCGUGUGACGGCUACGCGUCCAGCCCGUUCUCACUGUCCGUGGGCAGUGUGGACAAGCAGGGUCGCAUGCCCUGGUACGGCGAGGUCUGCGCCUCCACACUGGCCGUCACCUACGCCCACGGUGACCCCGACAGCGUGGUCACAACAGACCUGUACAACGGCUGUACUAAUGGGUUCUCCGGCACCUCGGCGUCCGCCCCCAUGGCAGCCAGUAUGGUGGCGCUGAUGCUGGAGGUCAACCCGGAGCUGACCUGGAGAGAUGUGCAACACAUCGUGGUGUACACGGCCCAGAUGGAGCCGGUGGCCAGCAACGGUCCGUGGGUGACGAACGCUGCCGGUCUGCGAUACAGCAGCUGGGUCGGAUUCGGUCUGGUGGAUGCUGACGCGAUGGUGGACGAAGCCCGCCGGUGGAACCUCUCUAUGUCGGCGAACGUCACCAGACGCUACUGCCAGGCCGAGGGUCAAAUCAGUUCCGGGCCUCACCAGUUCGUGUCAGGAGAGCCGGCACGGGUCACGUUCGAGAUCGACUGUGGCGGUGAGCACGAGGUGCGGCACCUGGAGCACGUCGAGGUGGUGCUCCACCUCAACUACACCAGGCGCGGCGCCCUCCAGGCCGACCUGACCUCGCCUCAAGGCACCACCGCCGCGGUCCUUGUGCGGCGACGCCUGGACGACUCGAGCCGCGGAUUUGACGGCUUCAAGGUCACGUCGGUGGCGACGUGGGCCGAAAACCCUCGCGGCAAAUGGACUCUCGUGAUCCACGACAACACGGACGAGGACAACCAUGGGCAGGUAGAGAAAAUCAAGCUGAUUCUGUGGGGUACGGAUGUGCCCAUCCACCAGAUGAAGCCACAGGGGGGCGAAGAACCAGCGAGGCCGGUCCCGUCCACCAAGGUGCGAGCGUUCACCGCCUCCGGGCCCGAGACGCCCUCCCUGACCGAGGUGGACAUGCCCCCCGCGUCGGGAUGGCUCUGGAACUCCCUCCUCGACAUCGACGGCGCCAGCCCCAACCGGCAAGCAUGGUCACGCACUGAUCACUGGCCGGGCGUGCCUCUUGCGGAGGAAGAAACCCUGCUGAACCGGGCCACGCGACCGGGGAUGAGACGGCUAUAGCUGCGCGCCAGAUCGUCCAGCGAUGAGCCGGCUCCAGCGCCGCGCCAGAUCGUCCAGCGAUGAGCCGGCUCCAGCGCCGCGCCAAAUCGUCCAGCGAUGAGCCGGCUCCAGCGCAGCGCCAGAUCGCCCAGCAACUGCCGUCGGCCGCGGCGCCGCGCCCGAUUGUCUGCUUUCGCUGCGGCCGCGUCACGGCCCAGGGGAAGUCAUCAGCGGUUCCGGCGGGGCGCCCAGUCAGCGGGGAACAUGUCGCUAGGAAACAAACGCUCCGUGUGGUGAAGCGAGACAUGUACCCAACGGCUCGUGUGCGGCGAAGGUCAGAUCUCCAUAGGCCAGUAGAAGACCCAGCGUACCUGCAACACUUGCAGAGCUCGCCUGUUGGAGGGAGCCACACGCCAUAUGCCAUUGCCUGCCAGACAAAAUAUGUUGUUAUAGUGCGCCGUGUUUUGAUCUUUCAAAAAAACAAUAGCUUAAAUAGCCUUUGCUUUCCAGCACUGUGCUGCUUUCUUCGUUGCCUAUCUCAUUGGGUGGCCAUCUUUGGAGAACAGUGGGUAUGCUGAUUGCAAUGUUCGAUGCUGUAUAGUCUCAAACCGUCAAAACCAAACGGGCCUGGGCCACCUGCCGUUUUUCAAUGUGGCCGUUAACUCACUGGACCUCCCGUCAAAAGAAAACUUUUGAAUUUCGUCACAAGGGAAUAUAGUUUUUAACUUAUCA